AUGUCGCACUGUUGCGUGUGCAUGGACGUCGCCGCGGAGAGGGCGGUGGCUCUGAUCAACUGCGGGCACGUGUACCACCUCUCGUGCAUCAAGCAGUGGUACGAGCACAAGAAGUCCAAGGAGGGACGCACCGCGCUGCCGCACGCGCCGUGCCCGAAGUGCAAGGAACCGUUCAACGUCCCGGGCGACGUCGUCAACAUCUACCUCGACGUCCGCAGGCGCGUUCUAUCAUCACACCGGUUCCCAUACGAUCGCGUUCGCGUGGUGAACGCCGAUCCUUAA